AUGGCCAGUUACCUUCAAGAAGUUCAAGUAGUCAGUGUCACCUCCGCUCCAUCUGUACUCUGUAGGUCCUCUGCAGCAGUAGCCUUUGGCAAGAAUCCUGGAGCCCUUGUCCCGGCCCUGAGCCAACAAGUGCAGUGCAGCCACAGAGAAACUGUGAUAAAAUCAGAAUCUAAUAGUUGUCAUGAAAGAUUAAGGGAAGUAACAUCAAAACUUACAGAAGCAAAAGCAGAUGUAGAAAGUAAGUCUUGUCUUCUUUGUGAAAAGAUGUUUGAAUUGGAAUUACUAAAGAAGCAUCAAGAUAGUCUUGGAUCACAGAGGGAAUGGCUGCUUAAUGAGCAACAGAAUCUUCUCUCUGUUCUUCAAAACAUUAGUAAAGAAAUGACUGAUGAAGAAGAGCAGUUCAUGAAAGAAGUUAUUGAUUUUAACACUAGCUACGGCCUGACGAGUAAUAGAGAAAUGCUGAUUAAAGAACAGGUUAGAAUGGAAAUGGAGCAACUAGAGAAUGAGGAGGGGGCACUGAGGAAAGAAAUGAAAUCUUUGAAACAUAAAAAUUACCAGCUAAACACACUGCAACUACAGAAGAAUUCACUUAAGAAUGAGCUAGAGGAGUUACAGCUCUCUUUAAAAGAUCUUGAUGAUAAAAUAGCUGAUGCCAUGGCUACUACAAACAUUUUGGAAGCUGAAAAGGUCCGGAUCAAUCAGAAACCACAAUCAGAUGUAGAAUGCCUACGGUUAAAAAAAGAACUAGAGACAUACAAAGAGGAUGAUUUGGAAAAUGUGUAUGAAACUCUUCGUGUGGAGAUAGAAUUUUUACAGGUGUCAGACAACUGA